GAAGUUACUACUUCAAGAUAAAAGCUGAUUAUUAUUUUGUUAGUUUAGUGUGUAGGUGACAUCUUUAAUAACGCACCUCGUCUCUUCCGCCUUUGACACUGGAUAGUUGACGCCGCACUCACAAAAACAAUGUGGGAAUAUUUGGAAAUAUUUGCUGCAUAAAGUUGGCAGGAAGACGUGAAGUUACCUGGAAUGUUGUAAUAACCGUUUAUGUGGUUGGAAACAUUAUUACUGAAGUACUCAUGGAUCAACAUCUAAGAUAUGGAUGACUGUUUUGCUUUCAUUGACUUCCUAAAUGGGCUGUUAAACUAUGAAAGUCUGUCUGAUUAAGGACUUGGAAUCCUUCAGGAAUUGCCUGGACACAUCCACUUCUGUAAGGGAAUGAAAUUGGGACUGUGCUCAAAACUUGCUAGUGAGUAACUUUGGAACCCCUGAUGGGCAUCAACCUCAUCUGGAAAGCACUUGUGAAAUUCUACUCUAAUGUUCAACAACACUUUAGCUUCUGCAUGUGGAAUUACGUAGCCUCUUAUUGAAGAGGCUCAUUGAAUUCAAGCAGCACAACGUCAAACCGGCCAUAUUUCCAGACUCUUCUGUAGCUGGGAGGCAAAUUUCCAUUUACUCCAAUGGCAUGGGUAAAGUUCUUCAGGAAACCUGGGGGCAAUCUGGGCAAGGCUUAUCAGCCUGGAUCAAUGCUCUCCCUAGCCCCUACCAAGGGACUACUCAACGAGCCAGGACAGAACAGCUGCUUCCUCAACAGUGCAGUACAGGUGCUGUGGCAGCUUGAUAUAUUUAGACGAAGUCUUCGACAACUUCCAAACCACUACUGUCUAGGGGACGCCUGCAUUUUCUGUGCAUUAAAGGUAAUAUUUUCCCAGUUUAAGGACAGCAGAGAGCGGGCACUACCCUCUGACAACCUGCGGCAUGCCCUAGCAGAGACGUUCAAGGAUGAGCAGCGCUUUCAGUUAGGCUUUAUGGAUGAUGCUGCAGAAUGCUUUGAAAAUAUUUUAGAGAGGAUUCACCUCCAUAUUGCUCCUGAUGCUGAACAAGAUGCCUGUACGUCUAAGUUCUGCAUCACACAUCAGAAGUUUGCAAUGACACUUUAUGAACAGUCUGUAUGUCGAAGCUGUGGGGCCUCGUCUGACCCUCUGCCCUUUACUCAGUUAGUGCACUAUGUUUCCAUCAAAGCCCUCUGCCAACAGUUCUUUGAAAGAAGAGAUGAAAGACUGCGCCCUGACAUGUUUGGCGAGCUGCUUCAGGCAGCCAGCCACAAUGGAGACCUGCGAAGCUGCCCAAGCAAGUGUGGUCAGAAGAUCAAGAUGCGAAGUGUGCUGAUGAACUCACCCGAGAUCGUCACCAUUGGUUUUGUUUGGGACUCGGAACAGUCCGACCUGACUGAGGAAGUCAUUCGAUCUUUGAGUCCACAUCUUAAUCUAUCAGGGCUUUUUUACCACGUCACAGAUGAAAAUGCCAAAACAUGCGAGAUGCAGUUGGUUGCCAUGAUCUGUUACUAUAACAGACACUACUGUACCUUCGCGUUCCACACAAAGUCUUCCAAGUGGGUCUUCUUUGAUGAUGCCACAGUCAAAGAGGUGGGCACUAAAUGGAAGGAUGUGGUUACCAAAUGCAUUCGAGGACACUUACAGCCACUGCUCUUGUUCUAUUCCAACCCUGAGGGAAGUGCUGUGACCACAGAUGAAACCCCUCGGACUAACACCAUGAAUAACCAAAACAAAAGCACAGCCAAUUGUGAAACUCCAGGCACUCCACAGCCGGGUGGCAGGAAGCUAGAGCUGACCCGAGAAAACCUUACUGCGCUGUUGUCAGGUCACAGCACUUUAAAGCAGAAGAGUCAGCCUCUGUCAGCAUUUAAGCAUGGCACCAACCAGACAAGCGGCGGCAAAGGACCAGUUAAACUCAGCAGUGACCCAAGAGGUUUCUUACGAGAGCUCUCCAGAGAGGUAGCCAGAGAAGCUCGCAACAUGAACAUCAUUAAGAGGGACUCUGACAGAUCAGAGCAGAGACCAGAGACACCAAGACAGAGAGACACAGCCUCAGAGAGAUCCUACUCCCGUUCACUGUCUCCUCCUGAAAAUGGAUUUAAAAAUGUAGAGUCUCGGCUGUACAGCAGUCAAGGCAUGGGCCUGACACGGGCUGAACGGUCACCCCGCACAACCAGACGUGUAGCUCACGCACCACGUUCACGUUCUCAGCCUCGUAUCCCGGUCACCGCUCCAUCCAGCCAGCUUGCACCAAGGAUCGAUUUCUUGAAUGGCUAUGAUACCGACAGUAGCCAAGGUUCUCGAACACAGUCUAAUGGGGCCUCUCGCCCUCGAAAUAACCGAGCUUGGAAACCCAUGCGUGAGGUUCUUAAUGUAGACAGCAUCCUGAGCAGCGAUAAUAACGAGCGUCCACUUUCCAGCCCGAUUCAACAAACUUCUAGGCAGAAGCGUGCACCCUACAUGCGCGAACACAGUGGCUCUGCACAGGUAGAUGGUAAACCUAAAUGCUUGAUGACUAUUUAUGAGGAUGAGCAGAGACAUGAACUGGGCAGCAGAAGCUCUUUGGAAUCAGAAAGUCGUGAAAAAGAAAGGACUAAAGGUCCAGUUUACAGCUUCACUGUAAAACCUGAAAACUGGAAGUUUCAGAGAGUUGAGUCUGGAUAUGAAAGCAGUGACCGGCUCAGCGACAGGCUUAGCAAUGGUUCAACCAGCUUGGACUCUCCUGUUGUGGAGAACUUGGGCAGCAAAGAAAUAGGUCGCAUUCCUGAGGUUCAUCUGUCAAGGGAUUUGGAUCACAGAUCGAGGUAUGAGAACGUAAAUGCUGAAAUCUCACAGAUGUCAUUUUCUCAUGGUGAUUAUCAAGAUAAAGCUAAUGAACUUCAGCUAAGUCCAAACAUUCCUAGGCGAGAAUGGAAAGGUACUAAGGAGAGAACAGAGAAAAGAGCGAUUCCUAUCUCUACUUUCCUGAACCAAACUAGCAGCUCUGAAUGGAACAGCUCUGAAGACUUGACCAGUCCUUUAUCAGAGCAGGAGGAUUCUCACCCCAGUAUAGUUCCACUUGCUCAUCACUCAGCUGCUCAGAGCCACCAGUUUCCACCAUUACCUUCCAAACCCCAAAUCUUCAGACAAGAAAACAGAAGAGGAAUGAUCCAGGACUCGACUAACCUCAGAUCCCCAGAGAUAUGGCUCGAAAAUUCUUCAACAGCGGACAAUCUCUCCUCAUCAGACUCCAGCACCAGGUCUGGUUCCUCUGACCAGGAGAGGAAUGAUCUCUCUGCCAUCGAGGGUGAAGAGAAGUUUCCUGGCUUCUCUGAAUCUCAUGUUAGUUCCCCUGCUACAGGAGAGUGGGUAAUCCCCACCACUUACUUUUCUGUGGAUGGCUGCAUGAGUGACACCUACCGGGCCAAGUACCAUAAGAAAAGACCUGCCCUGUUUAUGACUGUUGAUUCUAAAAGUGGAGAACAAACCUCAUCAGGGGAGAGUGAUCAAGGAGAACAAGCAUUAACGGGACCAGCAGAUUUACACAUCCCAGUUCUUUCCAGCACUAGAAAAGAAGCAGCUCAUACAAGCAGUAAACCAACAGUAAAGUGGAAUCCCAUUUCUAUAAAAGGACUGGAUGAGCAUGGCUUCAUAUAACACCAAAUGCAUCUCUCAGCAGACAUAAUGCAGAUUUGAAAAUGGACUUGUGACCAAAGAAACAGGUACCCAGACAGUGGUGAUGUUUUCCUGCUUUUGGAUUGCUGCUGUUCCAGUUAAGAAGUAAUUUUUAUGCAGUCUGAAUGUUUUUACAGUUGCACAUUAAUGAGCCAAAUCAGAAUAAGUAUGUACAUUUAGCCCAGCUUGUUUUUUUUGUCUGUGUAGUAUUUAAUGGAAGCUCUAAAAGAUCUCAGUGUAGUAAACUACUACAGGGGCCAAGGUAUGCAUUAUCUGCAAUGUUUGCACCUGUAUGAUUGUAGAUUUUUUGAUGAACCAAAUGCUUGUAUAUACUGUACCUUAUUCAUAUGUAUAUGGGGGGAGUUUUUCUUUUGCAAUGUGUAAAUAUGUCAAUGCAACGGUCAAAGAUUAAGACUACAUUUUCAAAUUUUUUGUAAGGUUUAUUAGUGGCUUUAAUAGAACAUAAAGCCAGUCCAGCAUUAUAACCUCCCUCCUUGAGUUUACUUUUUGUACGUUUUUUUUUUAACCUUUUGUUUUGGUUUACAUUCAGUCCCUUAUUUCUACAGUGAAGAAAGAGAUUAUAAGUCUGAAUGUACUACACUGACUUUGCUUUGACGUGCCUGGCAUUAAUUACAGCAUGCAGAUAUACAGGAUGAACUUGAUAAUCAGAGUGGGUACAGUGGGUAGAAAAUUCACUGGAUUAUUGACUUACUAUAGCACACCGAUGUGCCUUGACACAAAUAAUAAUAAAAUAAUAAUAAUAAUAAUAAAAUGAAAUGUAUUAAAUUAUCCCACAUAUAAGAGUGUUGUAGGAAUUUGCACUUUCACAUUUUGGUUUCCUUAAUUUGACAAAUUAAGUUUUGACAUAAAAAGCACUCAUCCAGAAGCGAGUAUCAGGAUUGAUGCUGAUAUUCAUUAAAUGUGAAUCCAAUCAAGCCAAUAAAGCAAAGUUUCCUAUCUUAUCCACUGAUGUUUAUAUAUAUUUGAAAAAAAAUGUUUUAAAAUAGGUUUGUCUUAGAAAUCUUAAACUUGUUGUGUCUGUUGCUCAUUAUGUGGUAUGGGCCAAAACAUAAAUCUUUAAUACUGACUUUGAAUGAAUGAAAAUGCUGUUUAGAUAAAUGGUCACAAUAGACUGGACUUAAAUUGAUUGGUCUGAGUUGUUACAUAAAUUUGACAUUGGUGUCUUAAACUGGAUAAAAUAUUUGCUUGUACAUAAUUUCCAUUUAUUUUAAAACAUAUUGGUACACUGUGUUCAUUUAUUUGAUUUGUUUUUUUCUGAUUG